AUGAACACAAAUGCAAGUAUAGAUUCAUCUAAUAAUAGUAGUCAUAGUACAUCUCCUGCAUCAUUUAACCUUGCUGGAGAAACAGCAACAAUACCAACAAUAGCAUCGGCAUCAUCAACAUCAUCAUUAACAUCACCGCGCGAUCGUUGUCGUCGAUGUCAACAGCUUGUCUAUGUAACCGAACGUAUUGGUCCAGUUAAAGAUUCACUUUAUCAUAAAUUAUGUUUUAAAUGUUUAAAAUGUGAUCGUCAAUUAGAUUUUAAAACAUAUUUUACCAAUUCAAUUGAUUUAAGUGAUAAAGAAAUUUAUUGUCAAAGUCAUGUACCACGAUCUGGUAAAGGUGUGUUUUCAACUGAUGAUAUUCAUAUACGAAAUGUGAUGAAAGCACCAAAAUUAAAUGUUAUGCAAAAACUUGAUGAUCGUCUUAAAAGUGCACAUAUUGAUUCUCAAUCAGUCUCAAUAGCCCAUGCUAUGAAAGCUCAACAAAUGUUUCAAAAUGGUCGAGAAAAAAUUAACGCUAUACAUAAAUUUCCUGCUUUACCACCGGAUGUUUUAAAUUGUCGUGAAGAAGUACGUCGUGCUCAAAAAAGUCUAGAAGAUAAACAGCGUGAAGAAGAAGAUAUAUUAUUUAAAAAAUUUCAAAGUGAUCGUCAAUUAGAAGAAAAAAGACUUGAACGUGAAGUAACAGAUGAAUGGGAAAAAAGAUUACAAUUACUUACAGAUAGAUAUGAAGAUGAUUUACAAAAAAAACGAGAUCAAAAUAUUGAACGAGAAUUAACAUUUCGUUUUAAAAAAGAAAAAGCUGAACUUGAACAAAAUAUGACAUUAAAACGAGAAAAAAAACGUGAACUUAUUCGUAAACAAUUAAUGGAAAAAGAACAAGAAACAACACAUUCACUUGUUUCGAAAUUUAGUAAAGAAAUGAUUACUUUAAUACAAGAAAAAGAAUUAGCUGCACUCUCAGAAAAUGGUGUUGAUGAUCAACGUGUAACAUCAUUUACAAUGCUUCAAAUGCGUCAACCACCAGCUCCUCAACCUCCACGUCGUCGUAAACGUGAUCUCUAUCUCGAUCCAUCUAUAUUUGAACAUGUCGAUCAACAAGCUAUUGCUGUUGCUGAAAGUGAUCAAACAUCAUAUACAGAAUUAGUCGAUCAAUUAACAUUUGGUUUAGUAACUGAUUUAGAAAAAGCAAGGGCUAUUUUCCGGUGGAUUACUGUAAAAGAUUUAAAUGCAAUUGAUUUUCAUAAUAAUCUUGCUGCUGAUACUCCAAUGGGUUUAUUACGUGGUAUAAAAUAUGGUACUGAAACUUAUCAUACAUUAUUCAUGCGUUUAUGCAGUUUUGCUGCUAUAUAUUGUGUUGAUGUAAAAGGUCAUUCAAAAAGUGUAGGUUAUGAACCAGGUAUGCAAAUUGGUGAAGGAAAAUUUACCAAUACAUGGAAUGCUGUUGUAAUUGAUGGUGAAUGGAGAUUUGUUCAAUGUAAUUGGGGUGCUAGACAUUUAGUUAUGAGUAAAGAUAAAAAACAAAUUGAUGUUUUACCACCAAAACCAACAAGAGAAAAAAUAAAAUAUCAGUAUGAUGAACAUUAUUUUCUACCUGAUCCCGAAGAUUUUAUUUUGGAAUUUUUUCCAUAUAAAAGUGAAUGGCAAUUACUUGAAUCUCCAAUAACAUUACAACAAUUUGAACAAUUACCAUUUGUUCGUUCACUUUUUUUUCAUUAUCAUUUAUCAUUUGUUAAUCAACAAUAUGCAGUUAUUCAAACAGAUAAUCGUGGUGCAUGUGAUAUUAAAUUACGUAUGCCUGAUUCACUUAAACAUCGUUUAGCAUUCCAUUUUCAUUUACGUUUUGCAAAUACAACUACAAAUGAACAAGGAGAAGAUUUAGGUGAAUUUCAAGGUGUUAAACUUGAACGUUAUGUAUUACAUACAGUUCAAGAUGAUUUAGUUUCAUUUAAUAUUCAUGUACCACAAGAAGCAGAUUAUUUUAUUGAAGUUUUUGCAUCACUUGUGGAACCUGAUCCAAAUCCAUUUGGACAAAGUUUUAAAUUAAAAUGUGUUUGUAAAUAUCGUAUAAUAUGUAAACAUUUAAUUCAACGAAUGCAUCCACUUCCAGCUUGUGCAUCAGGUGAAUGGGGUCCGGCGAAAGCAAUUCGUCAUUUUAAUAUUUGUCCAUUGACUCAUUUUCAAGCUAUUUUUGAAACACAUCAAUUACCAAUAACAAUUAAAUUUCGUUGUCCAAAACAACUUAAAUUUCAUGGUAAAUUAAGUUCAAAUCAAUAUCCAUCGAUCAAUCAUGAUCAUAGUAUCAUAUCAAAUUCAGCAACAUCAAAUACUCUCGAUAAAUAUGUUAAAUAUGAAUAUGAUGAAUUUGAUUUUAUAAUAUCAUUUAUUAUACAAUUACCACACGAUGGACAAUAUGGUAUUGAUUUAUAUGCACGUGAUCCAGAAUAUCAAACCGAAAAACGAACAAUGUCACAUUGUUGCAAAUAUGUUAUUAAUUAUUCCAAACCACCUGCUGUUGAUCCAACAACUACAGCAGCAGCAGCAACAGCAAAUAAUAAUAAUAAUAAUAAUAAUAAUAGUUUAUAUCAUGAUUAUUCAUUUGAUAGUGGAAAAACAAAUGGACAACAAAGAAUGACAUCACCACGAACUAAUUCAACUUUCAAUCAAUCAGAACGUAGUCUAUCACCGCGUUCAUCAUCUUCACGAGAUACAAAUGGUUCAGGAGCUAAUACUUCAGUACCAAUGCCUCGAGUAGGCGGAAAUACAAAUUUACUUUCUCAAUUUGGUAUGAGUCCAAUAAGUCAUCCGGAUCCAUCUAUAACAUUACGUUCAAUCAAUACACUUGAAUUAUUAUUUCAAAUACGUAAAAUGGUUGAUUUUUCGUUUGAUCUUAUUUAUCAUCAUACACCAUCUGAUCUUCCAUCACGAACACCAUUACCAAAUUUAAAUCAACGUUUAAAUGCAUCAGACUAUGUGACUAUUAAACCAAAUGGUGGUUUUAAUGUUAUAUUUGCAUUAAAAUUACCUAAACAAGGUGUUUAUACAUUUACAAUUUAUGCAGCAGCAACAAAUCAUCGAAAUGAUGUACAAUUAAAUUCAAAUGGACAAACAGAAUUACCAGCUGUUUAUACAUAUUUACUUCGAUAUAUUUAA